UGGAGUGGCGCGGGGCGGCGGCGGCCAUGAACGGCAUCACCAGGUGCCGCUUUGAGGUUUUUUCAAGCAAUGAUGAAUCGCUCAUAAAUAAAAAACUACCCAAAGAGCUUCUGUUGAGAAUAUUUUCCUUCUUGGAUGUUGUCACUUUGUGUCGAUGUGCUCAAGUUUCCAAGGCAUGGAAUAUCCUGGCAUUGGAUGGCAGCAACUGGCAGAGGAUUGAUUUAUUUAAUUUUCAGACUGAUAUAGAGGGUCGUGUUGUGGAAAACAUCUCUAAACGUUGUGGUGGAUUUCUGCGACAACUUAGCCUACGCGGAUGCCUCAGCAUUGGUGAUGCUUCUCUGAAGACUUUUGCACAGAACUGUAAGAAUAUUGAAGACUUAAAUCUCAAUGGUUGCACAAAAAUUAAUGAUAGCACCUGUGUCAGCCUUAGUAAAUUUUGCACUAAACUGAAAAACCUAGAUCUCACAUCUUGCGUAUCUAUAACAAACAACUCACUAAAGGCUUUGAGUGAGGGUAAUCGAAACCUUGAGCAUUUAAACAUUUCCUGGUGUGAUCAGGUGACCAAGGAUGGGAUAGAGGCUCUAGUGGGAGGAUGUAAUGGUCUGAAAGCCAUGUAUUUGAGAGGGUGCACUCAGCUGGAUGAUGACUCUCUGAAACACAUUCAGAUCCACUGUCCAGAACUAGUGACACUUAAUUUGCAGGCAUGCUCACAAAUCACAGAUGAAGGAUUAGUAAGUGUUUGCAGAGGUUGCCACAAACUCCAAUUUCUCUGUGUGUCUGGAUGUGGAAACAUUACUGAUGCUUCCAUAACUGCAUUGGGAUUGAAUUGUCCUAGACUAAAAAUCUUGGAGGUAGCAAGAUGUUCGCAUUUGACAGAUGCUGGCUUUACAGUUUUAGCAAGAAAUUGUCAUGAACUUGAAAAAAUGGAUCUGGAGGAGUGCAUUCUGAUCACAGACAACACGUUGAUUCAAUUAUCCAUUCACUGUCCUAGGCUAGAGGCACUGAGUUUGUCUCAUUGUGAACUGAUUACAGAUGAUGGGAUUCGUCACCUUAGCAACAGUCCAUGUGGUCAUGAAAGACUUCAGGUUGUAGAACUAGACAACUGUCCCCUCAUCACUGAUGUGACACUUGAACAUCUGAAGAGCUGUCACAACCUGGAGAGAAUAGAACUGUACGACUGUCAGCAAGUCACACGGGCAGGAAUCAAAAGAAUAAGGGCCCAUCUACCUGAUAUUAAAGUUCAUGCUUAUUUCGCCCCUGUUACCCCACCACCUUCAGUGGGUGGCAGUGGACAACGGCUCUGCAGAUGCUGCAUCAUCCUUUGAUGUGAAGCUCGACUUUGUAAAAGUGAGUUGUUUCUGCACCGGUGAUGGAACCUCCUAGUAAGGGUAAAGCACUUGGGAGAAAUCACUACACAGCUGAUUACUUAACUCCAAGUCAAACUGAAAAAUAGCAAGGAGAAUGGAGAAAGCUCUAGAUUUGGACCAGAAAAGAUUUAGAACCUGCAAAUAUAGAAUAAAAUCCCAUUCGUAUGGUAAUGUAUUCAUUUAAAUACAAUAUCCUACAUGCUUUCUCCUCUCAGGCUGCAUCUGAUACCUUCAAAAUGAUGGCCAUAAUAUGUGGAAUUCGGCGUUCAGUAAUGAUACAGGUUGCUUCACUAACCAAAAUGUAUUGUAGUGUCAUGUAUUUGAAUAUGCAUGUAGCUUACAAAGUCUAAUUGGUUAAUGAGUUCUAUUGAAAGUGUAAAGUUUAGAAUCCUUUUAUUUCUAUACAUGCUGUAAUGCUGAAGGAAACAUCCAUGUUUGGCAGCAAUUGGAUUGAUGUAGGAAUGAAAUUGCAUAUUUUACAUUCACCAGACAUUUUCAUAACAUUUUACUUCAUGAUGUGCUGGGCAUCUUAUUUAAGAAGGAUACAGAUCAGGAAUACUUUUCUGUGAGGACAUAAUCUGCUUAUCAAAAAUAGCUUGCAAUAUUUAAUUUUGACCUCAAUAUGAAAAAGGCAUGAUGGUUUCAAGAAUUAAAGCCAAUUUAAAAACUACCUGCAUAAUCCCAGGAAAUAUUAAAAUUUGGGAUUAGGAAUAAAUUUAGUGGUCAUAGAAUGUUUUUUGUUUCUAUUAUUUUUAUGGAGGGACACUUUACAUGACUUUAUACAGAAGUUAUAGUGAAUUCACAUUAAGAUUUGACAGAAUUAGAUACAAUUGAGUUUGUCUAAAUUUACCUGAGACAAAAGGCUUUUUGUGAUUAAAUCAUGUGAAAAGGUACAAUUUAUGUCCAAAAUGUAUGCUAGGAAAUGAUCCGUAAAACAAAAUAUCAUAAUUUUACUGUAACUCUUCUAUAAUCACACCACUAAAAUGCUGUUGCAAAAAUCGGAAUAAAGUGAUAAUUACAGUUUUCUUGCCUAGUAUUUCUCUGCAAAGAUGCUCAACAAGUCUUUAAAUUUGAUAGUUACUUAACUUUUAACAUAAUCUUGAAAGGAACUAGUAACAAUAAAAUAUGUAGUUAAAUUACUACUUAAGUUCAAUUAUGGAUUAACUAUAGGCAGUCCCUUGAGAUAGGGGCUGACUUGUACAUUCCGGUUUUUUGGGUCCUGAGGUUAUUGAUAAGGUUAACGUGUGACCUGCAAACUCUGCCGUAGGUGAGGUAGGAGGAACACUGAAUAUAAAACGAUACAGCACAGGAACAGGCCAU